AUGGACCCCUCGCUAUCAUCGUUAACCAGUCGUCGGCUUACUCCCGCUCAAAGUCGAAGUCAAGUACGUUCACGAAUACCAUCACCACAUCCAUCAAGGACUAAUUCUUACUCAUUACCCGCAAAACAUAACGUUCCUAGUAAUUUAAAUGAUAAGAUAAGAGUAUGUGUACGUAAACGUCCACUCAGCAAGAAAGAGCUCACAAGGAACGAGAAAGACAUUGCUGCCGUCAAUGGCCAAAGGACUGUUCUAAUAAACGAGCCAAAAAUGAAAGUCGAUCUGACCAAGUAUGUAGAACAACACACGUUCUUUUUUGAUGACGUGUUUAACGCUGAAGCCACUAAUGAAGAGGUAUAUAAACGGACCGCUUUACCAUUAGUAGAGUACAUUUUUCGUGGUGGCAAGGCCACUGGACAAACAGGAAGUGGCAAAACUUAUACUAUGCUUGACGAUAAACAAGGACUUUACGUUCUGGCUGCACGAGAUAUUUUUGCCUUAUUACAACAACCAGAAUUUAACCAUUUAGCGUCAUAUAUAGGGUUCUACGAAAUUUAUCAAGGACAACUAUAUGAUCUAUUGAAUCAAAGAAAGAAAUUAUUUGCUCGGGAAGAUGGAAAGAAAAAUGUCGUAAUUGCAGGACUUCAAGAAUAUUCCAUCGAUAAUGUAGAUAAUCUUAUGGCAGUGUUUGAUUAUGGGAAUACAGUACGAAGCACAGGUAGCACUGGUGCAAAUGAAGAUUCUUCUAGAUCUCACGCUAUUCUACAAAUAGUAUUAAAACAUAAAAAAAAUAGGAAAAAGUUUCAUGGCAAACUUAGUUUUAUUGAUUUGGCUGGUAGUGAACGUGGUGCUGACAGAGGGGAUGCAGAUAAACAAACAAGUUUGUUAGCUUUGAAGGAGUGUAUUCGUGCCCUUGAUCAAGAUAAAAGACAUACUCCAUUUCGUCAAAGCAAAUUAACGCAGGUGUUGAAGGACUCGUUCGUUGGAAAUUCACGAACUUGUAUGAUUGCGACAAUAUCUCCAAAUAUUUCAAAUAGUGAGCACACUCUUAAUACAUUAAGAUACGCAGACAGGGUUAAAGAACUUAAGUCGGAGCGAGAUCGUGCUGAACGUGUUGCAGCUGGUCUUGAAUUAGCAGCAAAUGAACUUAAUGGACUAACAGAUGAACAACGACAAGAAUAUUAUAAUAAAGCACGGGAAAAAAUGGCCGUAGAAGACUCUGAUUUCUUCGAAGAGGACUUUCCAAGUGAUGAAGAGCAAAAAGACAUACUCGAUGAAGAGUUGCCAGACGGCCUUGUUGAAGAGCUGCCAGACGAUCUUGACGAUCUUGAUGAUCCAGAGGAAGAAUUUAACCAUAAUAAUCGACCUAUGGUUCCUAAUUCUGAUAUUUCAGGUUUAAAAAUCAACGAACCAUCAGAUCUUAGAACUACAUCAAGUAUCUCUCAUCAUCUGAAACAAACGCCUCCAUAUCCAAAUUCUCCAGAUCUAAAUUCACCGAUUCAUUUCCGACCUUCUAAUAAUCCUUCAUCAACCUUUACGACUCAAGAAAUAGAAGAUUUUUUGAGACGUCAUCGCUCUGCACUUAGAGAAGUCAGCGAUACGGGAAAACAAGAAACAAAACUCUUGGCUAAUUUCACGCUAAAAAUGAACUCUAAUAGUGAUAUGGAUGGAUCACCAGAUAUUACCGUUAAUGCGUUUGAACAGUACCUAGAUGAAUUAGAUGCACUUUUAGAAACAAAAGAACAAACAUCACCAACAUACCUAGAAGGCGGGAGAAAAGAACGCGUUUAUUUUGACAAGAUUACUUCAAGAAUAUCUAAGUUAUGUUAUGGUUUGAAUAUGGAAUUUGUUGAUCCUCCAAAAAUAUCACAAAAGGUUAUCAGCGGUAUGUAUCAAGGUGUUACAACUGUCGAACUAGACAAUUUGGCUGCUGAAACAGCGGCUUAUUUGACAUGUAACCAUCCGGACUAUGCUAUUUUGGCCGCUCGAAUUGCCAUAUCUAAUUUACAUAAGGAAACAACGAAACAAUUCAGCAUAGUUAUCCAAGAACUUUAUGAUCAUGUCAGUCCUAGACGGAAAAUUCACGCGCCUUUAGUUUCGAAAGAAGUAUAUGACAUUGUUAUGGAAAAUACAGACAGAUUAAAUUCGGCAAUUAUUUACGAUAGAGAUUAUGCUUAUAACUAUUUCGGUUUCAAAACUUUAGAAAAGAGUUAUUUGAUGAAAAUCGAAGGAAGAGUUGUAGAAAGGCCGCAGCACAUGUUAAUGCGCGUGGCGAUUGGUAUUCAUGGAAAUGAUAUCGAUGCUGCUAUAGAGACUUAUAAUUUAAUGUCUGAAAAGUAUUUUACUCAUGCGAGCCCUACUUUAUUUAAUGCCGGUACACCAAGACCACAAAUGUCCAGUUGUUUUUUGAUACAGAUGAAGGAUGACAGUAUCGAAGGCAUUUAUGACACACUUACAACAUGUGCAUUAAUUUCUAAGUCGGCUGGCGGCAUUGGAAUUAGUACGCAGAAGAUCCGCGCUUCCGGAUCAUAUAUCGCUGGUACCGGUGGGACUUCAAAUGGUCUUGUCCCUAUGCUUCGAGUAUUCAAUGACACUUCACGAUUCGUAAAUCAAGGGGGUGGGAAGAGAAAUGGUAGUUUUGCAGUUUAUAUUGAACCUUGGCAUUCAGACAUAUUCGAAUUUCUUGACCUAAGGAAAAAUACUGGAAAGGAAGAAAUUAGGGCUCGCGAUCUAUUUCUAGGACUUUGGAUUCCAGAUCUUUUUAUGAAAAGGGUGGAGAAAAACGAAGAUUGGUCAUUGUUUUGCCCGCAUGAAUGCCCUGGCCUUGACGGUGUUUAUGGACAAGCGUUUGAUGAUUUAUAUACUAAAUGUGAACGUGAAGGAAAGGCUCGUAAAACGAUAAAGGCACAAAAGUUGUGGCUCGCUAUUGUGGAUUCUCAAAUAGAAACUGGUAUGCCUUACAUGGUAUACAAAGAUGCUUGUAAUGAAAAGUCAAAUCAAAAAAAUCUUGGAACUAUCACAUGCUCUAAUCUCUGCACGGAGAUUAUAGAGUAUACCGCCCCAGACGAAGUAGCAGUGUGUAAUCUAGCAUCAAUCUCACUCCCUAAAUUCGUCAAUACCAAAACGAAAACUUUUGAUUUCAAUAAACUUCAUGAAAUUGCAAAAGUUGUUAUCAGAAACCUAAAUAAGAUUAUUGAUAAGAACUAUUAUCCUGUUCCUGAAGCUGAGAAAAGUCUCGCUGAUGCUUUAAUUAUGUUGCGUUAUCCAUGGGAAUCCGAGAAUGCACGUAAACUUAAUAUUGACAUAUUUGAAACGUUGUAUCAUGCUGCUCUUGAAUCGUCAUGCGAACUUGCUGCAAAGGAGAGGCCAUAUGCAACUUAUGAAGGAUCACCGGUCAGCCAGGGAAUUCUUCAUUACGAAAUGUGGAACGUCGAACCGUCUGAUCGGUGGAAUUGGGCAGAAUUAAAAGAGAAGAUACGCAAGCAUGGAAUAAGAAAUUCACUAUUAAUAGCACCGAUGCCAACUGCCUCUACUAGCCAAAUCCUUGGUAAUAACGAAUGUUUUGAACCAUACACCAGCAAUAUUUACACACGUCGCGUCCUAAGUGGUGAAUUUCAAGUUGUGAAUCAUCAUUUACUCAACGAUCUGACCGAAAUGGGUGUUUGGAAUGAGAAGAUGAAGAAUGAAAUAAUCGCAGCUAACGGUUCCGUUCAAGGUUUUGAAGAACUAGAUGAUGACUUAAAGAAACUCUACAAAACAAUUUGGGAGAUACCACAAAGGGUUCUUUUGGAUUUUGCGGCGGAUCGAGCACCGUUCAUUGAUCAAUCGCAGUCAUUGAAUGUAUUUCUCUCCGAGCCGAGUGUUGGCAAAAUAUCAUCUAUGCAUUU